UUGCUUGCGUAAUUCUCCAUGUUGAGGCGCCUUUUGUCUGUGUAGAGACGUGGAGGGGCCCAUUACCACACACUAACAAUCUUCCUUCUUCCUUCUUCCUCCAGGUGACAAUUGCCUGCCUUAUUAGUUUUAUUAUUAACAACGCCUUUCUUCGCCCUUUGCUCCAUGCCCAUCUUCUCCAUCGGCUGCUUCUUCUUCUUCUUCUUCAUCUUGUGCUUCUUUUUGGUUUUCAUAGUCUCGAUUUAGGGAGCUGAUAUUGAAUUUAUAUAUAUAUAUAUAUAUAUACAUACAUGAACCGUCAAUCAGUCAUUCAAAGCACAAUCAUCCUGCAGAAGAUCGGGGUAGGUUUGUGAAACGUACGCUGUGGAACCGUGUGCCAAGGUUUUUGGGUGGGUCAUUCAUUCAUAAAACUUGUGCGACUGUUUCUUUUUUAAGAGCCCGCCAUAUGAGCGAGCAACGUUAAUGGAGAGACAGAGGGAAUGAAGGGAAAGUCAGCGAGUGAAUGAAUGUCUGAAUGAUAUGUAUGUCAGUGCUUUAUAGUAACAGAUGUGAUGGAGGUUAGUUAAUCUUUUGGGGUUUAACAAGGACAUGGAGCGAAUGAAGAAGUGGUAAGAGGCCGGGAAAAUAAGAUUUGGGUCUGGAGGAUUGAUUGUUUGAGGUGGAUUUAUGAUGGAACAUAACGAAGGAGAGAUCGGGAUACCCAUGUCAGUCGGCAGCUACGGUCACAUGGGCGUUGCUGGUUCAGGGGCAGCAGUGCACGAGGUGAAUUCGAAGCUGAGCAGCAGUGGGUUGCAAGUUGGGGGAGGUCUGGAGAAUGGCGGGGAGGAGGCGGUGAUAAGGUCAGGGUCACAUGAGAGGCGGAACAUCAAGUAUAGAGAAUGCCUGAAGAACCAUGCAGCGAGCAUUGGGGGUCACGCCAACGAUGGGUGUGGGGAAUUCAUGCCCAGUGGUGAAGAUGGCACGCUUGAAGCUCUCAAGUGCGCCGCCUGUGGGUGUCAUCGGAAUUUUCACCGAAGAGAUACUGACCCAUCUUCUUCUUCAUCCUCUUCAUGCUAUUACUGCUAUGGCACUAAUGGUGGUGUUCUGUCAAAGAGACCCACCCUUCAGCUCCCUGGUACCCAUUUGCCCUUGGCUUUGCCCGCUAGCCCCCAUGGCACCGCCAUUGCCCCUAGGUCUUCUCAUCCUCAGAUGAUUGUGGCCUUUGGCGGUGAGGAGCACGAUCAUAUGGGCGGCCAGGCCAUGUACCUGCCUCAUGCCAUGAAGAAAAGGUUCAGGACCAAGUUUACUCAGGAGCAGAAGGACAAAAUGUGCGCCUUUGCGGAGAAGGUCGGUUGGAGGAUCCAGAAGCAUGAUGACCUUGCUGUUCAGCAGUUCUGUAUGGAGGUGGGCGUCAAACGCCAUGUUCUCAAGGUCUGGAUGCAUAAUAACAAGCACACUUUAGCCAAGAAGCCUUAGGCUUAGAUCAAUCAAGGUUUUCCUUUCUCUUGGGUUCUCUCAUUUUAGUGCCCGGUUUUUUUUUUUUUACAGACAUUGCUACUGUUUUCAUUCAGCUAAGUCUGAUUCAGGCCGGGUUGGUGUUUUCUUUUUUUUUUUUCGGUUAAGCCCAUGUAACCAGAAUCUCAUACACUGCACCACACAAGUAGGCCAUCCAAAAUUUCUCUUUCUUUUCUUCUUUCAACUGCUAAAAUGCUGGUAGGUUAGGUAGACAUGUGACUCGGAAAGCACAAAGCGCAGACCUCUGAUGAGUCAUGGCUUGCUUGUAUCUACAGGCCUGUAUUAAUUAUAUUUAAAAAUACAAUUUUCAUUGAUGA